AUGGGCCGAGGACAGAGAGCAUCGGGCAGAGAUAUAGGCUCUACACAUUCUUACGUAGCUAGUGCGGUGUCUGAGACUUUGGGGUUACCGUUUGAGAGCACUUCUAGUGAAAUAACAGUGGUGAGUUUGUUGGGGCAGUCUGCUGGAGUUAAUAAACUGUUUAGAGAUGUACCAUUAGAGGCCCAAGGGACUGUAUUUCUGGCUGAUCUGAUGGAGCUUCCAUUUGAGGAGUUUGACCUGAUUUUGGGUAUGGACUGUGUUGCUGAUUCUGGAGACUCUUCGGUUAAGGACAUUCGAGCGGUAAGAGAUUUUUUUGAUGUUUUCCUAGAGGAACUAUUGGGAUUACCUCUGAAUCGUGAGGUAGAAUUUGGGAUUGAGUUUUUUUCGGGUACAGCUCCGGUGUCUAUCGCCCCUUAUCGAAUGGCAUCGAAAGAGCUGACUGAACUUAAAGCUCAGAUUCAGGUGUUGUAG